AUGGCUACUCCCGAUACUCCACAGGAAGCCAAGACCCAUCCCAGAGAAGGCAACGGCCAUGCGGCCCCCAAGAUCGGCAUUGUGGAUACUGCAGAUGCGUUGACCCCAGACCCCGGAACUGAGGACAUGUUCAAAGUUGAACACAACCAAUUCGCCUUCGCCCCUGGUCACCUAUCCAAGCUGCUCAACCCCAAGAGCCUCAGUGCUUUCUAUGCCCUCGGCGGCCUCGACGGCCUGGAAAAGGGCUUACGAACCGACCGAAAAGCCGGUCUCAGUGUCGACGAGACCACGCUGGAUGGCGAGGUUACCUUCGAAGAUGUGGUGCCCAAGGGAACACCGAAAUACGGCACCGCUGGUGAUUCAGUGCCCGAGGCCAAGGGCGAAGCAUCUGUCCAUAUCCCUCCCCCCGAAGACCCAAACCCGACAGGGGCCUUUGCCGACCGCAAGAGAGUAUUCCGCGAUAAUCGACUCCCCGACAAAAAGACCAAGUCCCUGCUCGAGAUUGCUUGGACUACGUAUAACGACAAGGUCCUCAUUCUCUUGACUAUUGCCGCAGUGGUUUCCCUGGCUCUAGGAUUAUAUCAAACUUUCGGUGGCGAUCAUGAGGAGGGCGAGCCUCGAGUUGAGUGGGUAGAGGGCGUGGCCAUCAUCGUCGCUAUCGUUAUUGUCGUUCUGACCGGUACAAUCAACGACUGGCAUAUGCAGCGACAAUUUUCACGUCUUACCAAAAAGACUAACGAUCGUACCGUCAAUGUUAUCCGCUCCGGCAAGUCGCAAGAGAUUUCCGUUCUCGACGUCUUGGUCGGAGAUGUAAUGCACCUCGCAACCGGCGACAUCGUCCCCGUCGACGGAAUCUUCAUUGAAGGCAGUUCGGUCAAGUGCGACGAGUCGUCCGCUACCGGAGAGUCGGAUCUUUUGAGAAAGGUCCCUGCCGCCGAAGUUUUCCAGGCAAUCCAGAAGCUCGACGCCAAGGAUGCUGAGAAGCUGGAUCCAUUUAUCAUUUCAGGAAGCAAGGUCAACGAGGGCACUGGCAAGUUCAUUGUCACCGCCGUGGGUGUUAACUCGAGCUACGGUCGAAUUUCCAUGUCUUUGCGGACCGAACAGGAAGACACACCCCUUCAGAAGAAACUCAACAUCCUGGCAGACUGGAUCGCCAAGUUUGGUGCUGGAGCGGCCCUCCUACUCUUUAUCGUCCUCUUCAUAAAGUUCUGUGCUGGCCUCCCCAACAACAAGGGAACACCCUCCGAGAAGGGCCAGGAGUUUAUGCAGCUUUUCAUCGUAUCCGUUACGGUUGUCGUCGUGGCUGUCCCCGAAGGUCUGCCUCUGGCUGUUACCUUGGCCCUCAGCUUCGCUACUGUGAAGAUGCUCCGUGACAACAACCUUGUCCGAGUUCUCAAGGCCUGUGAGACAAUGGGAAAUGCCACUACCGUCUGCUCAGACAAGACUGGAACUCUCACACAAAACAAGAUGACGGUUGUUGCUACCACACUCGGAAAAGCCACGAGCUUCGGCGGCACCGAUGCGCCUAUGGACAAGAGCCUGAAAAUCAACCAAGAUGCCAUAACCAUCCCCAACGUCUCACAGUCUGAAUUUGCUAGCGGCCUCAGUCAAGAGGCGAAGGACCUCCUUAUUCAAUCCAAUGUGCUCAACUCCACCGCAUUCGAAGGCAACCAGGAUGGCGAAAAUACCUUCAUCGGCUCCAAGACCGAAGUUGCUCUCUUGACCCUCUGCAGAGAUCAUCUGGGAGCUGGACCCAUUCAGGAGAUUAGAUCAUCGGAAACAAUCGUCCAGGAGAUCCCAUUUGAUAGCAAGUACAAGUAUAGUGCCGUCGUGGUCAAGCUUGCCAAUGACAAGUAUAGAGUGUACGCCAAGGGUGCAUCGGAGAUUCUACUGGAGAAGUGUUCCAGCGCUCUGGGCAACGUAUCCCAGAGCGAGUUGGAUAUCGUUCCAAUUACCUCCGAGGACCGCGAAAUGUUCAACCUCACCAUCAGCUCCUACGCCAGCCAGACGCUCCGAACCAUCGGCUCAUCGUAUCGCGAUUUUGAGUCUUGGCCUCCUGCGGGAGCUGUUUCCGAAACAGACCCCACCGUUGCCGACUUCAAUGCGGUUCACCAGGACAUGACUUUGAUUGGCAUAUAUGGUAUCAAGGACCCUCUGCGGCCCAGCGUUAUCGAUGCCCUCAAGGACUGUCGACGAGCUGGUGUGGUUGUGCGAAUGGUCACUGGUGAUAACAUUCAGACUGCCAAGGCUAUUGCUUCCGAAUGCGGAAUCUUUCGCCCUGAGGAGGGUGGUAUCGCCAUGGAAGGUCCUGAUUUCCGCAGACUACCAAUUGAUGAGCUCAAGAAGAAAAUACAGCAUCUCCAAGUCCUAGCCCGCUCGAGCCCCGAGGAUAAGCGUAUCCUGGUCCGCACCCUGAAGGAGCUCGGAGAGACUGUUGCUGUAACUGGCGAUGGCACGAAUGACGCUCCCGCUUUGAAGAUGGCAGACAUUGGGUUUUCGAUGGGCAUUGCUGGCACUGAGGUUGCCAAGGAAGCUUCAUCCAUUAUUCUUCUGGACGACAAUUUUGCAUCGAUCGUCAAGGGUAUGAUGUGGGGUCGUGCAGUCAAUGAUGCAGUCAAAAAGUUCCUCCAAUUUCAACUAACUGUCAACGUCACGGCUGUGGUGCUGACCUUUGUCUCUGCCGUCUCUAAUGGAAAGGGCGAAUCCGUUCUCAACGCCGUACAACUGCUCUGGGUCAACCUCAUCAUGGACACAUUUGCCGCAUUGGCUCUGGCCACAGACCCUCCGACCAGAAGCGUUCUAGACCGAAAGCCUGACCGAAAAUCUGCUCCUCUUAUUACCUUGAGAAUGUCCAAGAUGAUUAUCGGCCAGGCAAUCUGCCAGCUUGCCAUUACUUUCGUCCUGAAUUUCGGUGGCAGGAAGCUCUUCGGGUAUGAUCACUCGGAACACGAUACCAAGGAACUCAAGACGCUUGUCUUUAAUACCUUUGUUUGGCUUCAGAUAUUCAACGAGAUCAACAAUCGACGCCUCGAUAACAAACUGAACAUUUUCGAGGGUCUCAGCCGUAACAUUUUCUUCAUCAUCAUCAACAUCAUCAUGGUUGGAGGCCAAGUUCUCAUCAUCUUUGUUGGUGGUGAGGCAUUCAAGAUCACUCGCUUGACCGGAAAGGAAUGGGGACUCUCCAUUGGUCUGGGAGCCAUUUCAAUUCCAUGGGGUGCUUGCAUCAGGUGCGUACCGGACGAGUGGGUCGCCGCAUGCCUGCCUGGAUUUAUUCGUAGGAUAUGGCUGGCUCCCCCGACUCAGGAGGUUGAAGCUGAGAAGUCUGAUGACGACGAUUAUAUCCGUCCGCCUCUGCGUGUCAUGAGCUCGAUCCGUGGGCCUCGCGUCCAGCAGCAUAUUGGUUUCCGCGACCGAAUGCACAAGAUCAAGGAGAGGGCCAAGGAAAAGGCCAAGGAGGCGACGCAUGAAAAGGUGGCUGGGCCUGAUGUUGACGAGGUUAAGAAGUAGAGGAGAGGAGUGCCUUGCUUGGAUCUUCGCUUCGUCGAGUAUGAUUUCACUCGCAAUUACCCUUCGCUUGGGAGCGGAUGGAAGAUCUCGUUUGAGAGAUUCUAUGCUUCGAGGCAUUGUGAUGACUAUAGAAACAUAAACGGGGUUCUAUUACGUUUUAAUUAAUAUAAACCAAGAAUUCUGAGCGAGUCUGUAAUGUUUUCACUAUCUUGACUUGGCCGGAUUAGUGAAUUG